AUGACUGCUACAGGUACCGGUAUUGUGCCUGCCAUCGCCAUGUCCAUCGGUAGCACACUUAAGAUUCCAACCACGUCUUCGACUUUUGACGGGGACACGACAAAAAAGAAGAGAAAGCAGUCCGCAUCCAGUGAAUAUUAUGACGUUAGCGAUGGAGUCUCCAUUUCUUCAGGUCUCGCUCCUAUAGGAGCCACAACAGUUCCGCAACAGUUGCUGAGGCAUUGCCCUGUAACUCCACCCAGCGGCAGGUACAUCACAUCCGACUGUGACGCUGUUUCCAUUAUCUACACCAACCACCAUUACGCUAAAACGCCGGAAGAUGCAAUCGAAGAUGUCCUCAGAGCAGGCCGGGCUUUGUUGAUAGAGCAGAAAUGUCUUAGUCUUCAUAUAGUUACUGUUGAAGUGACUGAAAAGGGAAGAUUACCAAUUACUUGGUACCCCCAAGAAUUCACUAAAGUACCAAUGGCAGACAUGAGGAUGAGACCCGAUCUAGCUUCUGGGUAUCCUGGAUGCACGUGCAGAUUCUACAAAGGCAAAGCAAUGUUUGAAUUUGGCUAUGGUCUCAGCCACUCGAACUACUCCUAUGCUUUCACCUCUGUCACGCAAAAUCAGCUCUACUUGAACAAAUCUGCCACCAUUCAAACAGUAGAAGAGGAUUCAAAUUCCAUUCGUUUCGUUUCUGUGGCAGAAAUGGGUGAUGAUGUCUGUCAGAAAAUGACAUUCUCAGCUGCUGUUGAAGUCAAAAAUCAUGGGGAAAUGGCAGGUAAGCAUUCAGUAUUGCUCUUUAUACGCCAGGCCAAACCUCGACAUGGGAAUCCAGUGAAACGGUUGGUUGGAUUCCAGAGCUUGCACCUGAAUGCCGGGGAAAGAGCUGAAAUUGAAUUUAUACUGAAACCCUGUGAGCACCGCAGUAAAGCUUAUCAAGAUGGUUUGUCAGUGACAGAGGAAGGAUCACAUUUCUUGAUCGUGGGAGAUAGAGAGUUCCCUGUUACCGUUGUAUUUUGAAUCAUAGCCAAUGCCAAGGAUUCUUAUAAUAAAAAAUUACUUUGAAGUCCCAUAGUCACCCUACAGUAGUUAAGUUUUUGUGUUAACUGGCUUCUUUUCAGCAGCCUAUGGCUCGAAAAAUCAUGA